GAAUGUAGUGAAGCGCCUCAAAAUUUUAAAACCCUCGCUCACAAUGUCGACCCCUCCCACCACCUCCUCGUCCUCGUCCUCGUCCUCGUCCUCUUCCUCUCCUCCUCCUCCUCCUCACCUCGGCCAUGGCGACGCGGCGCUCGACGUGUUCUGGGACGAGGGCAUGCUCGGGCACGACGCGGGCGCGGGGGUCUUCGACACGGGCGCCGACCCGGGCUUCCUCGACGUCCUCGACCGCCACCCGGAGAACGCCGAUCGCGUGCGCAACAUGCUCUCCGUCCUCCGCCGCGGCCCCAUCGCCCCCCUCCUCUCAUGGCGCCCCGGCCGCCCCGCCGCCGUCUCCGAGCUCCUCUCCUUCCACACUCCAGAAUACAUAGAGGAAUUGGUACAAGCCAAUGCAGCUGGAAGCAAGGAACUCUGUGCUGGAACUUUUAUGAACCCUGGCUCGUGGGGUGCUGCCCUUAUAUCAGCUGGAACAACACUAUCCGCGAUGAAGCAUAUAUUAGAUGGCCGUGGAAAGCUAGCUUAUGCAUUAGUCCGCCCGCCAGGUCAUCAUGCUCAGCCUAGUCAAGCUGAUGGCUAUUGCUUUCUCAACAAUGCUGGCUUGGCCAUACAGCUUGCCCUAGAUUCUGGUUGCAGAAAAGUUGCAGUUCUUGACAUCGAUGUCCACUAUGGUAAUGGAACGGCAGAAGGGUUUUACCGCUCAGACAAUGUGCUCACAAUCUCAAUCCAUAUGAACCAUGGUUCCUGGGGCCCUUCGCAUCCUCAGAGUGGUUCGAUUGACGAAGUCGGUGAAGGAAAUGGGUUUGGGUACAAUUUGAAUAUACCUUUGCCCAAUGGAAGUGGGGAUGAAGGGUACUCAUAUACGAUGAAUGAACUGGUCCUUCCCGCUAUUGACAAAUUUGGACCCGAGCUUAUUGUUUUUGUUAUCGGCCAAGAUUCUAGCGCGUUUGAUCCAAAUGGAAGGCAGUGCUUAACCAUGGACGGCUACAAGGAGAUCGGAAGAACAGUACGGAAAAUGGCCGAUAAGCAUGCCCACGGACGGCUCCUGAUCGUCCAGGAAGGGGGCUAUCACUUGACAUACUCGGCAUAUUGCCUCCACGCAACCCUAGAAGGUGUUCUCAAUCUCUCAACUCCACUUUUAGCCGACCCUAUCGCCUACUAUCCCGAAGAUAAGGCAUUCACUGUCAAAGUCGUCGACGCCAUAAAGCGGUACUGGAUAGAAUCUAUUCCUUUCUUGAAAGAGCUUUAGAAAAAGUUGUACAUCUUCUCAUAUUCUCACUAGCUGGUGGGCUUGUUGUAAAAUUAUGUAUGCGCAUAGUUGUAGUGAUAAUAAUUAUAUUAAAUUGUUUACUUCUUAGUGCCUUGUACCUUUUAAAGUUGUAACUUUGUUCUUGUGCAAUAUUUUUGAUUAAUGCCCAAGUUUAGGGCUUUUGCAAUGAA